AUGAAGGCUAUAACAGACGUGCAAGCAAAAAUAGCCAAGCUGGUGGAAAAGCCACUCGUCAUAACUGCUAUCCCCCUUGAAGGAAGAUCCCGGGUCGUCCGCAGCCGAGAGUCCAAUCUCGGGAACAUGCUCGCAGAUGUGGUACGUUCCUUUUACAACACGAACAUUGCCUUCAUCAACAGCGGAGCUAUCCGCUGUGACAGGAUUAUUGACCCAGGGAGAGACGAACCUUUACGGAUCCGGGAUAUCAUUGACAUUAGCCCAUUUGAUAACGCAUUCGUUAUUAAACGUGUCAGCGGCCAUGUUCUUGCAGAAGCUCUGGAAAAUUCGGUAUCUGACGCCCAUACUGAUGGUCGCUUUUUGCAUGUAUCAGGGCUUAUCAUGGCGGUAGACUGGAGUCGUCCUGAGGGACAGAGGGUAGGGGAUAUUCUCUAUGUUCCAAAGCAUGGGAUACGGCGUGCUGUAUUGUCCAGGGAUAUGUAUACGGUGGCCAUGGUGGAUUUUAUAGCAUCAGGGUUUGAUGGCUAUUCUUGCUUUCGGAAUUGUGAGACACUACUUGACGCUGAGGGCUCGAUGACGGAUACGAACCUCUUGCUGCAAGUGUUCGAAGCAGAUGGUUGUGGAGAUGGAAGUGGCAAGCAGCAAGACGAGGCCGUGGAGGGUAUCAGGAGAGCCCGAAAUGCAGUCAUCCGAGGGAGACAUCCCCUUAAGGAAUUACCUGUUAUUUCUCCGUCUGUGGAGGGUCGGAUAAGGGUCAUCACACCGAAUCUAUAG